AUGCAUCCUAAGUUCAUUGCCCUGACUCUCGGCUCGAUCUGCGGUGUUUUUGCAACACUCCCCAGGACAUUUGAGCUUCUUGCAUUCGAAAACGGCCAAAGGAUUGGCUGUAUUAACGGGUACGGCAACUUCAUCACAGGCAGUCUAGCGUGCUAUCCAUUCAACACUGUCGGAACCCCUGUCGAAAAUGUCGCCAUCCGUGGCUACGAGCCCUGCAGCGCAAGCAACGGCAGUCUUGUCUGUUAUCAAGCAGCUGGCCCGUCAUCCCUACUCGGUCUCACCGGCGCCGACCUUGAUCUUAUCGGCAACGGUACACUAUUCUCCGCAGAUUCGUUUCCACAGACGUCUGAUAGGGUCGGCGUUCCUGUAGGUGUCGGUGCUAAUGGAAGCGUUGCCAUGAAUCUCCGGGUUGGGGGUCUCAGUGGAUGA